AAUGGCGGCGCUGGGUGGGAGCCGCGCUGCAGCGCGGUAGAGCCCUCGGCCGUCCAGCCGCCGCCGGCCGGGCAGCGGAGCGGGCGCGGCUGGUGCGCUAUAUAAGCGGCGGCCCAGCUCGGCCCAGCUACCCGCCGCCGGAGCCCGGCGGGUGGGUAGGACGAGGCGGCCCAGGCAAAUGUGCAAUACCAAGAUGUCCUCCCUUACGGACGCCUCUUCUGUCACCGUUUCGGAGCAAGAGGCCCUGGUUAAGCCAAAGCCAUUAUUGUUGAAGUUGUUGAAGUUAGCAGGAGCAGAAAAAGACACUUUUACUAUGAAGGAGGUAAUAUUCUAUCUUGGCCAAUAUAUUAUGUCUAAGCAAUUAUAUGAUGAGAAACAGCAGCAUAUUGUGCACUGUGCAAAUGAUCUCCUUGGAGAUUUAUUUGGAGUACCAAGCUUUUCAGUAAAAGAACACAGGAGAGUAUAUUCAAUGAUAUCCAGAAAUCUGGUAGCAAUCAAUCAACAAGAUGCAACGCUUGUUAACACACCUGAGGAUGAUGCCAGAUUUCAGCUUGAAACAGAAAAUGUUUUAAAGGAAUCCAUGCAAGAGUUAGAAGAGAAGCAGACUUCACCAAACUUAACUUCUCGACCAGCAACAUCAUCUAGGAGGAGAACACACAGUGAAUCUGAAGAAAAUUCUUCAGAUGAUCCACAUAGUGACAGAAGAAAACGACACAAGUCAGACAGCAUUUCGUUGACAUUUGAUGAAAGUCUCUCAUGGUGUGUAGUCAGUGGACUGUGCCGUGAAAGAAGCAAUAGCAGUGAUUCAACAGAUUCUCCUUCCAUUCCUGAUCUUGAUGCCAGUUCACUAAGUGAAAACUCUGAUUGGUUUGACCACAGUUCCGUUUCAGACCAGUUCAGUGUAGAGUUUGAAGUUGAGUCUAUUUAUUCAGAAGAUUAUAGCCACAAUGAGGAAGGACAGGAGCUCACAGAUGAAGAUGAUGAGGUAUAUCAGUUGACUAUUUAUCAAGAUGAAGAAAGUGAUGCUGAUUCAUUUGAUGAAGAUCCAGAGAUUUCUCUAGCUGAUUAUUGGAAGUGUGCUGAAUGUAGUGAAAUGAAUCCUCCGCUUCCACGACAUUGCCACAGAUGUUGGGCCCUUCGUGAGGACUGGCUUCCAGAUGAAAAGAGUAAUAAAUCCGAAAAAAGCAAAUUAGAAAGUUCUUUGCACCUGGAGUCUGAAGAAGGUUUUGAUGUUCCUGACUGCAAGAAAGUGAAAAUGACUGAAGAUAAAGAACCAGCUUUGGAGGAAAAUGAUGAUAAAGCAGUACAAAUUUGUGAGUCCCAGGAAAGUGAAGAGUAUUCUCAGCCAUCUACAUCUAGCAGCAUGUUUUGUAGCAGUCAGGAGGACUUUAAGGAACCUGAGAAGAGAGAAGUGCAGGACAAAGAGGAAAGUAUGGAAUCGAGUCUGCCUAUCACCAGCAUAGAGCCCUGUGUCAUAUGUCAAAGCAGACCUAAAAAUGGCUGCAUAGUACAUGGCAAAACAGGACAUCUUAUGUCAUGUUUUACAUGCGCGAGAAAACUUAAGAAGAGGAACAAACCCUGUCCGGUGUGCAGACAGCCCAUACAGAUGAUUGUGCUAACUUACUUUAGUUAGAAGGAUGCUGAGUGCAAAGGAGCAAAAAGAACUUCACAGACUGGUACAGCAAUUAAGAGAGUAAGAAACUAUUUUUAUAUACUUACCGAAAUAUUAAUAUUUUGGAUGCCUUUACAUUUGAUGUGGAAGGUGAUUGCUGAAAUAAAUAUUGCACUGGAAUUGAUAGAGUUUAGCCUAAUAUUCAUUAGUCAAUUUGAAGAUUUUAAAUCCUUCUAAAUAGAAGUACCCAUUUCCUGUAAAACAUCUGUCUUUCUAUGUGUUCUAUGUUGCAAACAAGUUAGUAACAUUUGAAUUACUGAAUUAAAUACACACAUUAAAAAUGAAUUUAGUGGUUAUGAGAGGUGAUACAAUUUUGAAGAGUUUGUUGAUGGCAAUUCCUCUUCUUAAGAAAAUACAAGACUCUCUAGAUUCCAGUGUCUGUUGUCUGGUGAAGACACUGAGCAAAAAUUAGAACUCCAAAUAAGUCAGUAAAAUAAAUAAGAUCUUAUCUCCUUCACUCCCAAGACUUACAUUCCUCCCAGUAGUCAAAUUAUGGGGAAAAUCUUUUAGAGAGUUAAGAAAUAAGGGAAGAUGAGAUAGAAAAUCAUUUAAGGAUUUGGAAAUAGACUAGGAAAGUGUCUUUUAUUUUUAUAACUUGCGUUGUAAACUUCAGUGUUGUGUGUAUGUGUCCCAAGCUUUAAAUUCAGUCAUACGUUUACCUCUUAAACAUCCUGAGAAAUAGGCUCUCAAAAUAUUUUGUGAAAUUUGUGGUCUGUGCUGUACUGUUGAUUUAUUUUAGCAGAGUGUAUAAGACUUGAAACAGGCAAGUAAAAUGAAGAAUUGUCUAUAUAAUAAGUUGCCCAAAUUAUGUAAUAUUGAGGGAGACUCGUAUUUUUUCUGCAGUGGUUUUUGCCUUCAGCAGUGUGUCAUACAGCUUGAGCACUACAUUUACUUGAAUAAAAAUAAAAAAAAAAAUCCACCUCUAGUAGAAACAAAUUGUCUAGUUCUAUUUCAGGUAGAUAUUUUUAGGUUAAGUAGUCUUACUUACCUUAUUUUUAUCUGUAUCACAAGGAUUUUUAAAAUCUUUUGCCAAGUUUUUGACUAAUUUAAAUCUUCAGAGACCUUAAUAUGAAAAUUUGUCACAAUUUGAUCUGACACUUACAGCUUUUAACUUUUUCCUCCUCACUGUAGUUGUCAGAUUUUUGUGAAAUGUAUCUGUUUGUUUAUUAAGAAGUUUACUUUCUGUGCUGCCUUCAUAGAAGGUAACGUGAGUGUGUAUUUGCUAAAAUAUCUUCAGGAUGUGGUUAGAUUAGGUUUGAAUUGUUCUUAGAUGGGUAGUUUCUGUACCCAUGAGUGAGUUUGGUUUUUUUUUGCCUUUGGAAAACGAUAUUUAAGAAAAGAGUAGCACGUUUGAGUAGCUUUUUAAUUUUAGAGGUGGUCACUGGUAGUCUGUCAAAUAGAGAGAAUGGCAGAUGAGUAGUUUUUGAGUCAAGGGAGUUCCGUGUAUGGAGAUGUAACCCCAAAUGCAGAAGUUGUAUGAUUUUUCCCAUCCUGCAAGCCUAAGUUAAAUAGCAUCCUUAACUUAAAAUACUAGUAUAGAACAGUUAAUGCCCGUGUACUAGUACAAAGACUUACUGUGUAACUGCUUUAGUGUCAGAACUGAAAUAGUUAUACUAGUAUAAAGUAGCUGUAAGUCAGGAGCAAAACUAACCUGAAUACAAGGAAGAACCAAGGCAAAUGACAAAGAAAGCAACUAAAAGCUAUACAAUACAAACUUGUUAAAAACUUGGUUAUUAUUUUCCUGCAAAGAAAUUCUGUGAUGCAUAAAGACUGAGUUACCUGGGUAUUUUUUUGUUGUUUUUUUAUAGUUAAAAUUAUUUUUGCAAAAUGCAACUAAAAGAAGAUUGUUGCCUCCAAAGUUUAACUAUAAUUUAUUUUAACUAAACAAAAUAUAAAACCCAAUUGUAAUUGUCUCUUCAAAUUCUUACAUGCAAAUUUCUGCUUUUUACAAUUUGUAAUGUGACAGCAGGUAGUUGGAAGUUCUUAAAGUUAUAACUUAAAGGCUUUGGUCAAGAAUAACCUUUCAUGCUGGGCUUUGAUAAUCCUUUAGUCUGAUAUAGGAAAAAUCCUUUGGGCUGUCACUGGUAUGCAUGCUUUGUAUUUAUUGGUCAAAAAAUGUUGUAGAUAGCCUCAUUGAAAUGAAAUUGUGAUGAAAGAUGUACUAAAGCUUCAGUAGGUUACAGCACUUCCGUGAAACUGUUCUAUUGCAACAGGACAGAUCUUUGCAUUUUCAGGCAGUGAUGCUUCUAACAAACGGUUACCUGCCUUAAUUCCUGGCUGCUUUCUGUUUGUUUUUCUUAUGUUACGUGAUAAAGUAUAGCGAAGCUUGCAAAGGCUCUUCCUCCGCACCCACAGAUCAGAACCAAACAGCGGUCAUAUCUUGCCUGGAACCUGCAGCUGAGAGAGAGAGUUGAAAAGCUGUAUGCUCAGGAAGAGCGUUGAUAAAAUGGGGAGUGUGCUAAGGAAACUUUAUCCGUUACACACACUCUUGUGUCUUCAGCUUUUCUGGUUUGAUACCUUCUCUACAGUCACUGGAAUUGCUGUGUAACUACUGUCAUGGCAGAGCAGCUGUUGUUAUUUAAUUCCUAUUGGAACAAAUUGUAGCAUCCCACUCCAGAUGUCCUCUUACAACCCCUUGAGUUAUCUUCAUCACUGGGGGGGAGGGGAACACUCACAAAAAAGCAUGUAUGGUCAACAUAUCAGUGUAGUAAUCCCUGUUAUUCACAAUUACUUUGCUUUUGAAUUUCCUUUCAAUAACAUUUCAUCUCCCCUAAAGCCACCUGCCUUGACAGAAGGUAAAAUGGGAGCAUACAACAUAAUAAUUUUUCCCUGUUAUGAUCUAAAAGUUUACUUCCUUAGCAUUUCUUCUGUGGGGAAUAGCCAUGGAAAUAACCUCUACUCCAUACAAUAAUGAGGAAAUGGGAAAUUCAGGUUUCUGCAUGCUUGGAUAAACCAUUGUGGCAGACUGGCUCUUUGUUCUGAAUUGUGGGUUUUGGCAUAAUAAUUUUUAACACUUUCUGGUAAGUGUCAGAUGGCUUUAUUCAAAACUUGCUUUACAAAUGAAGAAGUGAUGAGUAGCAGCAUCUUGCCCAGUUCUGUGAAGAAGCUGGCAGGCAGGUGAGAGCUCCUCUAGGCGCCUGUGGGAGCAGUGUGUGCAUCUGUGUGACAGAAGUGCUGAGGACCAGGACCCUGAUUCAGAGCAGGUGUUCAGGCGCUUAGUUGUAACAGAUGGAAAUUUUUGAAUCUGGCUCUGUUAAAUCACUUUGACCUGCGCUUGGACCUCUGGAAAUAUAGGCGGAAGAAAUGCCAGAAGGAUUAAUGGCAAUGAGCCUUGUAUUUAUCUUUUUUUUUUUUUUCUUCAGAUUAAACAAUUAUCUUUCCUUGAGUAGUAGUCAAAAUGAGCACAGAAGUUCACACUUGUACUAGAGAGCUUAGAUUGUUAUUUAAUACCACAGACAUUUUAACCUUUAAUUUAUUGCAGUUUGUACAUACUCCUGUGCACAUGAUUAGUGUUCGGAGCUUUAAUUUAUUGAAUUAGCCUAUUGGUACCUGUAUGUACAUAAAUGUGUGUAUGUUGUAAAUCACAGUUACAAGAAGAAUAUUUAAGUAAUUGUUGCAUUAAAAAUAAAAAGGCAGAUAUAUUGCAAACUAAGAGGGGUAUAAGAAUAUUUAUGUCUUGGUUUUCCUUUUUUCCUUCUCUUAAUACAACUAAUGAGGUACAACUAUGUAAGAUUUAUUAAAUGGCAGUAGAGACGGAUGGUGGUACAACAUUAAUGUAGUGCAAAUAUUUUGGUGCUGUUUUCCUUUGGAAUGCUUUUGCAUCUCUGAGUACAACCAAGAAGCUUGCUGACUACUUCGCUGCUCUAGUAACAUGGGAAGUCCUUAUCUGGAAGAUGUGGUGGCAAGAGGAGAGGAUUCAAGUUUGAUUUGUUUCUGGUGAUAAUUUCUUUUGCCCUUGACUGUGUGACUAAGAAGGUUAAGGGAAUGGCCAGAUACUAACAAAAUUUGAAAGUAUACAAUUAUUUUCAGUUAUUAUCUUAACCUAUUCGUUCUGCACUUCAGGCAGACAAUAUUCAUAUACAAAUACUACCAAAAAUGAGUCACUCUCUUUUAUAAAGUACAGUAAAACCACUUGCUGAUUACAUUAUGAAAAAGUCAUAUUUAGAUUUUAUCAUUGAAAUUCAACUCCUGAACCAAGAAAGCUACGUGUGGAGUACCUGACAGAAGCCAAAAUUAUUUCGUUCCAGUGUGUCUAACAUUUCUCAAAAAGUCUAGAAAUACUGAAUAUCGAAAUGCUUGAGUCUUUAAUACUGAGUCUUCACUUCAAAUUUUCUGAACUCUGCUGCUUUUAUCCUUUAAAAAUGUUGCACAGCUGAAAUGUAGGUAGCUGGGUCGCUGAUUCUAUUUAAUACUGACUGCAGGGAUUACAUUGUUGUUGCCCUGCACCUGUGGAGUGUUGCCUAUUAGUAUCAUUAAUUAGCAGGCUGGGACAAGUAUGUGCCCUGCGGCACUCCACAGGAGGCUGUGGCUGCCACUUGAGUGAGCAGGUUGAUUUAGAAAGGAUAAAAGUUUACAUAGCUCUGUUGAUGAAAGGUUUUGCAUUUAUUUUUGACCAUUUUUUGUUCCAUUUUAUCACUGAGUUCCAUUUUUUUGUAAACUUGUUUAAAUGUCACUGGCUCUUAAACUUCUGUUUGGUUGAGGCUAAAUGCAAAAGACUCAGAUUUUUCCCCUUUAAGUCUAAUACGAAGGAAAUCAAUUCUCAUACUUACAGAAAGCAUCAACAAGAAUAAUUGUUUUAAGAAAACCCUGUUAUUACAGGAAAGAGAUCAGAAAAUUACUAGAAGCACGGUGAAGUGAAUAAACAGCAGUUGUGCAGGGUGAAAAACUCUUCCCUCUCUUAAUCUAAAGUUGCCAAAGGGCGUAACUUCAGAAGUUGAAUUUUUAACUUCACUUAGCAUUUUAAAACAGUUAAUGUGUGAUUGGGCAGCAGUUAUCCUAGGAAGACAGAUGGGUUUUUGCAUCUUCAGUCAGCUUAAAAAGGGGUAUUUGCUGCUGUGGUACUUCCCUACGCAGUAUGUGCAAGUGAUGCCCAGAAAGGCACGAUUCGUACCUGGUCGACGUUUAUUUGCUGUUCUCCUUGGAUUAUUCACAAUACAGGCAGGUAGAUUCAGACUUUGGAUUCCUGGCUCCUGCGUAAGGUCUGAGUCUCACUUUUUUUCUUUCUUUCCCCUUUUUUUUUUUUUAAGUUACGUUGUAGUUUAUAGGUGUUGCAAAAAUGUAAAUAAAAAACAAAAAAACUAUCUUAACAAGGGUCAGAACUUACUAAAAAUGUAAAGUUGUUGCUUUUAGCUGCUGUAUGCUUUUUAUUUUUAAUUACUACAAGCACAACACAAAUUUCAAGCAAAUGCAUCUUUGAAGUAUUUAUUGUACCUGUAAAAUUUAUUGGUUAAAUUGUGUUAUCACCCGUUUUUUGUAAACCUUGUUUAAAUUAAACACCAUGGUUUUGAAGGACAGCUCAUAUUUUUACACAGUUACUGGAAGUCUGCAUGAUGAUUACAUAAAUCCUGAAAUACCAAAAUAGUUUUUCCAAAAGCAGUCCUGCAUUGUUUUCUGAGUACACAUAGUAGACUGAUUAUUAAACACUGUUUAAUAAUGAAUUUAAGUAACUAUGCAAUUUUGCUACUAUACAGAUGUACACAUACAUGUUUAUGGCUUAUCAUUUUGCAUACCUUCUAGAGAGCCCUUACAGCUGGUGUACACUGAGUAACCAUUAAAGUUAAAAUAUCCGCUUAAACUGCACAGACUACAUUCCCUUUAAGAGAAGAAUUUUCAUGUGCAUUUCAUUUAUGUCUUUUGGUUUUAAGGUUUUCCUUUUCUGAGGAAAGUAAACAUUGUUAUGUUUAAAAGCUUUAAAUAAAGAUUCUUUAUAUAUA